GGAAUUCGAGGAGCGCCCCGGGAACGGGCAAAAGUUGGGUCCCGAGACACCAGCUCUUAACCAAGUAAGAGUCCAUAGCCAUUUUGGUUCAAGGCUGCGUCUGCUGAGGCUCUCUUUGUCUGCACGAGCCACUCAGAUCCCCGCGCUCUCGAAGAAAUACUGUCGCCCGUCUAGCAAGAAUGGCCUCUGAGAUCGCUGCCCUCGUGGUGGACAACGGCAGCGGCAUGUGCAAGGCCGGUUUCUCUGGAGACGAUGCGCCGAGGACAGUCUUUCCAUCGAUCGUGGGUCGACCCAAGAUGCCCAGCAUCAUGGUGGGGAUGGACAUUCGCGACAGCUAUGUAGGUGAUGAGGCCAUGAGCAAGCGCGGCAUCCUCUCUCUGAGGUACCCCAUCGAGCACGGGAUGGUGACCAACUGGGAGGACAUGGAGAAGAUUUGGCACCACACGUUCUACAACGAGCUUCGGGUGAACCCUGACGAGUAUCCUGUCCUGUUGACCGAAGCGCCAAUGAAUCCCAAGGCAAAUCGAGAGCGCAUGACGCAGAUCAUGUUCGAGACCUUCAAUGUGCCGGCAGUUUACGUCGCCAUCCAGGCUGUGCUGUCGUUGUACGCCUCCGGACGCACUACCGGGAUCGUGAUGGACUCGGGCGACGGUGUUUCCCACACUGUCCCAGUGUACGAGGGGUUCGCCCUGCCGCACGCCAUCGAGCGCCUGGACCUGGCUGGUCGGGACCUCACCGAGUACCUGACCAAGAUCCUCACCGAGCGCGGCUACUCGUUCACGAGCUCGGCCGAGAAGGAGAUCAUCCGGGACGUGAAGGAGAAGCUCUGCUACGUUGCCGUGGACUUCGACGCCGAGCUCAAGGCGGCCAACGAAAACUCGGAUCGGGAGAAGACCUACGAGCUCCCCGACGGCAACGUCAUCGCUGUGGGCAGCGAGCGUUUCCGGUGCGCAGAGGUUCUCUUCCAGCCGAGCCUGGUCGGCAAGGAGGCGAGCGGGGUGCACGAGGCCACCUUCAGGUCCAUCAUGCAGUGCGACAUCGAUGUGCGCAGGCCUCUGUAUGCGAACGUGGUGCUCUCGGGGGGGACCAGCAUGUUCCCGGGCAUCGGGGAGCGGAUGACGAGGGAGCUGAGCGCCCUGGCACCACCCACGAUGAAGGUCAAGGUCAUCGCGCCGCCGGAGCGAAAAUACUCCGUCUGGAUCGGUGGUUCGAUCUUGUCCUCCCUAAGCACCUUCCAGCAGAUGUGGGUCUCGAGGGAGGAGUACAAUGAGUCUGGGCCGGGCAUCGUGCACCGCAAGUGCUUCUGAUCACGGUCUGCCUGGGCAUUGCUACAGCAUGUACAGAGCUGGCAUUCGCAGGCGGCGACCGAUGUACAGGUUGAGAGUUGUUCCGACCUCUGGCGUGUCAAAUGGAGGGCCGAUGAUCUCUUUAGCCUCCAAGCUUCACGGCGGUACUCGUCGGACUGUUUGUAGCCCCCGCUUCGGCAAGAAGAGGUAAGUUUCGGUCAGCUCCAGCUUACUGAGAAAAACAAAAAAUGUUUACCCUUAGGCAAGCCUAAUUCGGGAACGAAGCCCA